CUUUGUAGAUUCAUAUUUCUGAGGAUUGAGGAGGAAAGACAUCAUUUGUCAACAAGUUUAAAUAGAGAAGUGAACGAGAGGCUAUCUGAGGAUCAGACCUUGCCCUCUGGAGCUCGACAGUGACAAGGGGCUGAGGAAAUGCUGGACUUAAGGCAGAGGAAUGAAGAAACGACAAUGGUGUUGCACCUAAGUGGCUGACACUCUCUCGGCUCGCCUACUUUCUUCACCUCGGGUGAAACCUCAGCUCUCUGCCCACUACUACAGAUCAGCAAGGUUACUUCCCGAGGCUGGCUGCUCUGACUGAACUACAGCCAUGCUGUGUGGUCUGAGGAGAGACACCAAGAACAGCAUUGAUGAGGGACCAUACUCGAAGGGGAGCAAGGAGUCCGGGACAGCUGACCAAUCACAUCUGUCCCAGAGGCGCAGCUUCUCAGCAGAGGAGUACCGGGGAGUGACCACGGUGGACCUGAUGAAAAGGGAAGGCAGCAGCCUUGGCCUCACCAUCUCCGGAGGCUCCGAUAAGGAUGGCAAGCCCAGAGUGUCAAACCUACGGCCAGGUGGGCUAGCUGCCAGGAGCGACCAGCUGAAUGUGGGGGACUACAUCAAGUCAGUGAACGGCAUCAACCUGUCGAAGCUUCGCCACGAUGAGAUUAUCAGCCUGCUGAAGAACAUUGGGGAGCGAGUGGUGCUGGAGGUGGAGUAUGAGCUUCCUCAGUUCGUUCAGAACUCCUCAGGAGUCAUAACCAAAACCAUCGAGGUGUGCUUACAUAAGGAGGGAAACAGCUUCGGGUUUGUCAUGAGAGGAGGUUUCCACGAGGACUGGCGGAGGUCUCGUCCUCUCGUGGUUACAUAUGUGAGGCCCGGAGGUCCCGCUGACAGAGAGGGCACGUUGAAGGCCGGAGACAGGGUAUUGAGCAUCGACGGGAUGCCUUUAAACAGGGAGAAGCAUGCUGACGCUUUGACCAUGCUGAUGCAGAGCGGCCAGGAGGCCCUGUUCCUGAUUGAGUAUGACGUCUCUGUCAUGGAGGCAGUGCAGCAGGCCUCGGGCCCUCUGCUGGUGGAGAUCGUGAAAAGUCCCUCAGCCAGCCUGGGGAUCAGCCUUACCACAACGAUAUACAGGAGCAAACAAGUUAUCAUUAUCGACAAGAUAAAGCCGGCCAGCGUGGUGGAAAGGUGUGGAGCACUGCAUGUCGGCGACAUCCUCCUGUCUAUAGACGGGACCAGCACAGAGCACUGCUCGCUGAUGGAGGCCACACAGCUGCUGGCCAGCACCGCUGAUGUUGUCAAACUGGAAAUUCUCCCAGCGAGUCAGAGCAGACUUGCUGUCAGGCCGCAGGACACAGUAAAAGUGCAGAAGAGCAACCAUCAUCACUGGGACCAAAGCAGCAACUACUGCCAUCCCCCACAUGCCAGCCAUAGCAAGACAUGGAGCAGCCCGAGCCACCCACACAACCAGCAGGACCACUGCAAAUCUCUGGUGAGUGGUGGCUUCUCCCCUUCCUCCACAGCCACUUCAGGCUUCAGCAGCCAGGGGAGCAACACGCUGCCCUGCCCCAUCCCUCCCAUCGCCCCCACCAGCCCCCGCAGCUCCACCGGCAAGAGGAGGAACAGGAAGAAGGACCACAAGAGCUCACUAUCUCUGGCGUCCAGUUCUGUCGGCCCAGGGGGGCAGGUUUUUCAUGUGGAAACGAGCGAGGUCAUCCUGAGGGGGGAUCCACUCACUGGUUUUGGGAUCCAGCUGCAGGGGGGUGUCUUUGCCACGGAAACCCUGUCUGCACCCCCAGUCAUCCGCUUUAUUGAGCCCGACAGCCCAGCCGAGAGGUGUGGGCUGCUGCAGGUCGGGGACCGGCUGCUGUCCAUUAACGGCAUCCCGACUGAAGAUGGCACUUUGGAGGAAGCUCAUCAGCUGCUCAGAGACUCUGCUCUGGCCAACAAGGUCACCGUGGAGAUUGAAUUUGACGUCGCAGAGUCCGUGGUUCCCAGCAGUGGCACGUUCCACGUCAAACUGCCCAAGAGGAGAGGAGUGGAGCUGGGGAUCACCAUCAGCGCAAGUAAGAAACCUGGCAAGCCCCUCAUCAUCUCUGACAUCAGGAAAGGAAGCAUAGCACACAGAACAGGCACUCUGGAGCCUGGAGACCGGCUGCUCGCCAUCGACAGCGUGCGUCUGGAGAACUGCACCAUGGAGGACGCCAUGCACGUCCUGCAGCAGGCCGAGGACAUGGUCAAACUCCGGAUCCAGAAAGACGAGGACAACAUUGAUGAGUUGGAGAUGUCGGGCUCCAUAAUCUACACAGUGGAGCUGAAGAGAUAUAACGGACCACUGGGCAUCACGAUCUCCGGCACCGAGGAACCCUUUGACCCCAUUGUUAUUUCCGGCCUGACCAAGAAAGGCCUGGCAGAAAGGACCGGGGCCAUCCAUAUAGGGGACAGAGUCCUCGCCAUCAGUGGGGUCAGUCUGAAAGGGAAGCCGCUGAGCGAGGCCAUUCACCUCCUGCAGAUGGCUGGGGAGUCCGUCACCCUCAAGAUCAAGAAACAAGCCGAUCCGUCGGACGGUCGUCACAGAACAGAGGACAGAGAAGCUGGGUUUUUAAGUGACCCCGAGGACGACCUGACGGACUUCCAUAAGACCAGCAAACACUCGGAGGUCUACUCUGCCACUGUGCCCAGUAUAGAUUCUGCAAUGAGCUCCUGGGAUAGCUCGGGGUUUGACGCAGGCUACGGAAGCCAAGGGACGUAUCUUCACAAAGCAUCCGAUCUGUUGCUCAAUCCAAGUGAUUGGCGACGUACGAAGCACAGGAACCAAAACAGCUCCAGCUCUGCAGGUCUGCUCCACCACUCAGCGCUGUAUGAUGGGAGAUUUACUGAGGAUGAGUGGGAAAAAUUACCUGGAUUCGUCAGCCCCCCUCGUUGCCAGGGCACCCUGAACCAGGACGACAGCUUCUGGUCCCAGGCUCUGCAGGACCUCGAGACCUGCGGCCAGUCGGAGAUUCUCAGGGAGCUGGAGGCAUCCAUGACAGGUAGCGCUCUCAGUCUGUACCUGGAGGAGACCAAGACCAACGAAGACUCAAUGUUUCCUCCUGAAAUCAGUCCCAUUAAAAGCGAGGGACUCCGUGGCGAGUCUAAGAACAAAAGCAACCUGAACGUGUCGAUUAGACGCAGGGACGUACCGUCGCCGGGCAGAGGGGACCCCCCUGAUCUUGUGUCCCCUAACCCCCUGGCGCUGCACAAGGUGACCAUAAGGAAGGACCGUGAGAGCCAUGACUUUGGUUUCAGUGUAUCUGACGGGCUCCUGGAGAAAGGGGUGUUUGUCAACAUGAUCCGCCCAGAAGGCCCCGCGGACCUGGCAGGGUUAAAACCUUUCGACCGCAUUCUUCAGGUGAACCGAGUCAGGACCAGAGACUUGGACUGUUGUCUAACGGUGCCCCUAAUUAUUGAGGCAGGAGACUGCCUGGACUUGGUCAUUAGCAGGAAUCCGCUGGCAGCAGGAGACACCGGGCUGCCCGACGACUGUGACGACCCCACAAACUCGCUGUUCUGCUUUCCAGAGCGCCGGACCAACAGCAUCGCCCUGUGACCAAGGAUGGACACGAGCCUUUUUGAGCACGCUGCGGCGCCGGGACCUCGCGCACGUCGCGUGACGCACGGCUUUUUUGUUGUUGUCACAUUGUACCUCUGAGACAGACCUUCACACUCAUGUUCAGCACGCAGAGCAUCCUAAAACAGUCACUCUCACCGCCUGGAAGCAUCUCUCACUUAGAAAGUUACAAGUACAUGUGUUCACUAAUGCCAGUUUUGGUCACUGUGUUCACAUGAUGCAGUUCAGAGGAGGCUCUGGCUUCAGGGCAGGAUGCCCCCCACCCCCAUCACCCACCCUCACGUCCCAACUGCUUCCCUCUCCAGAGGCACAGCCACAUGCAGGCUUAUAUAACAGGGAAGUCAUAGCAUCUGACUGAGCCAGGAUGUCAACACACACGCCUGAGCUCUGGAGAGAGUCAAAUGCUGCACAUAUACACUCACACUCACUCACACACACACACACACUGCAUGUAUUUACUAUCCUUUGCUUUAACAAGCUUCUUUCUCCACUGAAGGAACACUUACCCAAUCGUGUCCUUCUUUUUAACUCUACACAAAUCACGCACAUGCUUUACGUGAAACACACACACACACAUACACACACACACAAGGUGUUAAUAGACUCAAGGUUCAAGCCACAUUGUGCAUAUUUUAGUUAUUUCAGCCAGAAGUUGGCUCACUGCCCUCGUUUCCAGCCGCUCCUCCACACUGCCUGCCCUACAGAAGGGACAGUGCCUCCAAAUAGACAGAAAUGCUCUCUGUUACUUGCCAAGUAUCAUGAACGUAUUUUAAAGCCCCCUUAUAUCGUAAUACCAGGAAUGCUUGUGAAGACACGCUAACCUUUCUGUUUUCAAGUGGGUGUCCCUUGAUGGAUGAAUACUUUCUGAAGGGUUCCAGAGAGACUCAGGCAUUCAGAGAUAAUGUUGCAUUUAGAUUUUCUAUUUUUUUUUUUUGUUGUUGACGUCUUGACGACUCAGCCACGUGUUUAAGAUGUUUUCAGUUUCACAUUCUGCACACGUUUCUUUUUUUCAAAGCUGCAUUUGCACGUAACACACGUUGAGAUCUUCCCUUUUCACUUCUUCAAGUUUUGAUUUCACCGUGUUUUCUGUUUGUGGCAUUGCACCAGAAUGACUUAUAGGUUGGUUUUGUGGUCCAUCACCGAUGCUUCCUGAAGUGAAUCUAAUCCUUUCCCAAAACGGAGGAUGUGAUUAAUCAUCAGUGAUGAAUGAUUUUGUCAUCACUUUCACAUCUGACUGGAUUUGAUUCAUCAGUUGUACUCCUCUCUGCAGAAGCUGUUUUUCCUGAGUAUCUAAAAGCAUGUCAGGCAUGCAGACGAUUUGUUCUUUUCCGUAUACUCACACAACAUUAGGAGUAAUCCGUGUGCUCCUACAGGGUCUUGGUGAGAGUGUUCCCUUUUUUUUUUUUUUUUUUUUUCUUUUAAUCAUGAUAUCGCAAAAUCUGGCCUGUUGAUCCAGCUGCCUCUCUGGAAUUAAGAAACAUGUUUGGUCUGCUCUGUCCUGUUUAGAGCAGAGUUACAGACUGAUUCAUCCUUGGGACAGUAACUUUGUUCAAUCUGAUUUCAAUCUCCUGUUAUAUUAAAUGUCAUGUUGUAUACAGAGGCCUAUUUUUAAGGUUUUAUAUUAUUUUACUGUAUUGUAGCUUUAUUGUACUGUAUAAUGUACCAUGGUAUGCAGUGCUUUAUUUUUUUAUUUACAGUACAUGCACAUACAGUAUAGUAUCUUCAUGUAAGCUGUGAUGCUGAAUGUGGCUGCACAUUUUAUUUAUUUCGUUGUAUUUCCACAUCCUGAACGUGUCAGGAAAGAUUUACCGGAUAUUAUUUUAUUUUUGGUAUUUAAUUUAUUAUAUAUUAAGAACUAUGUUUCUUUUUAUCAGAAUAAAGUUAUGAAACCUGGUUGACUUGGC